GCAUAGCUUUACCUGUUGCAUUCAAGAUGGCGACGCCCAUGCAAACAUCCACGAACGCAACAACAGAGGAGUUUUUACCCGGAAUAAAAGAUGUUACAGAAUUUACACAGAAAACGCUUCGUGCUGUGCUACAAGCUACAAAAUCUUCCAAUGAAUUGCCAGCUGCAGGAGAUGACUUUGAUUAUUACUCCAGUUUCCAAGGAUUCAGAGACAUACUGGACAUAGAAGGGAAACAAAUCCUCCACAUAGUGCAGAAUGUGAUGCAGCAUCAGAACGUCAGAGGCAAACUGUCCCACGGCAGUUCAGAUGUUCUCGACCUGGAAGACAAAUUUGAUGUGUUGACUGAUGCAAACGACCAGAUACUGGAGAGAGUGGGAAGCUGGUUAGAUGAAGCUUCAGGAAUCAAGAAGAAGGAUAACACACUUGUUAUUGCAUCGGCCACACCAAAGCAACAGGCCUCUACAAGCUGGAACAAAAAGAAAAGCACAUCUGCAGCAAAGAGUCCUGCCAGCUAUCAUCUUCUAUCAGCUAAAAAUAUCUUGCGUCCACAAUUACGCUUCAAAGACAAAGUCGAUAAUGGAAAUCAACCAUUUGUCCCUCGAAUAAAGGAGAAACCCAAUGCUCUUAAGUCUCUAGAAGACAGUCUGCGGUUACCAGAUGAUGUUACAGCUGAUAUGACUGAAAGUCCCUCAUUUCUAUACCCACACCCAUACCAAUAUGAGCUUGACCACUGGACACCUCGACCAGACACAUUGACCUCGGCUGUACCCAUAGAACCACGUCCAGUAGAUGACACACCCCUCACCAUGGUAACCAAGGUCCCACAGCUAGUGGCUUUGUGUGACAAGCUCAAGUCGUGUCAGGCUGUGGCAGUAGAUUUGGAGCACCAUUCGUACCGGACAUUCCAGGGAAUUACUUGUCUCAUGCAGAUAUCUACACGAGAUGAAGAUUUUAUCAUAGACACAAUCGAACUUCGUAGUGACCUUCACCUACUCAACAGUGUGUUCACAGACCCAAACAUAGUCAAGGUAUUCCACGGUGCUGACUCUGAUGUGGAAUGGCUUCAGAGGGAUCUUAGUCUAUAUGUGGUGAAUAUGUUUGACACAGGCCAAGCUGCCAGGGUGCUAAACUUAGCCCGUUUCUCUCUGGCUCAUAUUCUCAAACAAUAUUGUGGUGUGGAAGCUGACAAACAGUACCAGCUGGCAGACUGGAGGAUACGACCCUUACCAAAGGAACUAACAGCAUAUGCCCGGGAGGACACUCAUUAUUUACUGUACAUCUAUGACAAGUUGAAAAACGAGCUGAUAGAACGGGGAAAUGAGCAGAAAAAUCUCCUCAUGUCUGUCUUCAACAGGAGCAAGGAAAUUUGUGCAAAGAUAUACAAAAAAUACAUUUUUAAGGAGGAUGACUUUUUAGACCUGUACCAUAAAAGUAAAAAGGUAUUCAACUCUCAGCAACUUGAUGCCCUGAAGAACCUGUAUAUGUGGAGAGACCAGACAGGACGACGCGAGGAUGAAAGUCUCGGGUAUGUGUUACCGAACCACAUGCUGCUCCAGAUUGUGGAGAUCCUUCCCCGGGAGAGACAGGGAGUACUGGCCUGUUGUAACCCAAUCCCUCCACUAGCGAGGCAGUAUCUCCCGGAGGUUCAUGGUAUCAUCUCCGACGCCAGGGAGAAACCUCUCGAAAAGGUGACAAAGAGAAAGGUGAACAGGCCAUCUUACCAGCAGCACCCGAAGUAUGAUGGAGAGAGCUUGCUCCUCUGUCCUCAUGAUCUGUCUCACCAGUUGUCAAGGAAACCAGGUGAUGUGUCCGUGUUGUUACCAGACCCCAGGAAUCUGACUAGCCACUAUCCCCUGUCACUACAGUUCUCUGACCUUCACCCUAGUGUCACACUGAAGACAGACCCAGAUCUUACUGUUUACAGCUCCCUAAAAAUGAAAACAGAAAAAGAGUCUCAAGCUAUGAAGAUUGCUGCCAAGAUUCAUGAACUUUUUGUCAGUCCAUUUGAAAAGUACUUACCGAUUAUAAAGGAAUCUCCGGUGAAGACAAAGGCAAAUUUGAAUUCAAACUCAUCUGGGGGCAUACAGUUGAUUGAUGUGAAAUGGAAACUAGUCAAGAACACAGUUAAAAGAAAGUUACCUGAGGAAAAGGCCACAUCCUCUCCAGCUCCAGGUCCUCCUGCCAAGCGACAAAAAAAGGAAGAAAACGAGGAAAAGGCAGAGGAAGAAUCAACUCCUCGUAAAACACUAUCACAGAUAUUAAAAGCAAAGUACAGUAAGUUGCAGAAAGUGGAGAAGAUUGGCGUCACAAAGGACUUGACUGAAGCAGACGAGAAGAAAAAGAAGAACAAGAAGACUAAAAGUGUAGCAGAUCUGGAGGAUAGUUUCCAGCCUUACGACUACAGCAAAGCAGACAGCAGCAUGUUUCAGGGUGGCGCUUCAGCUGGUAAAUCAAACGUGUAUAACCCCAACAGGUACUAUGGGUCAAAGGGCAAAGGUAACAAGGCACAGAAACCCAAACUGUCAACAUCCAAGUCAAACAAAAGUCACAGCUUCAAGGACAAGAAGCCACGUCAGAAGAAGUGAAUGACACAUCAUAUUAACUGAAUAAAGACCGAUUUAUAACCAACAUGUGAUGUAACACCAUUGGCUCAAUCAUAGCAUAUAUAGGUCAUGGUUGGACAUCGAUCAACAUCUCUUCACCACGUAACAUCUUAACAGUUUGCCACAGAAAGGACGAAUGUAGACACAAAAUACCACAGAAAUGGCAAUAAUAUUGAAUAGUGCUUUAGAUAUAAAUAUGAACAGCCAUUUAGAAAGAGAUAGGAAUUACAAUCAUGAUUUUGCUGGAUAUUUACCUCCAUACUAAGCGUUCUGAAAAUGUACAGUACAAAAUUCAGAGCACUAUGGAAUUGUCAAAGUGAUUUCAUCAUUUUCUAAUUAAUACUGCAUUAAAUAAGCUUCAUUUCCCAGUUGGGGACCAAAGUAUUUGUGCCAUUGGUUGUUUAUAACCAGGUAAUUCUGGCUGGGUCUUGAUAAAGGUCACAGGUGCCAGUAACAAUUCAUUUUUCUGUGAGUUUAAUGUUGUACAUUGUAUAUGAUAGAUAGCUUGUCUAUUCAUGACAUCCUUCCUAUGAGAAAGUAAAUUGUGCCUGGCAACUGUGAUAAAGAUGGACAAGGUGGUUGGGAGAUUUUGUUAAAAGUUGUUAAUGAUAUUUUAAAGAGGUAUGUAAAUGUACAUUGAACCAUCAAAAUUUAGAUGUAGAAUGGCAAAUCUCAGAUACAUCUAAAGUUUAUUUGGGGCAAUCUGAGCUAGAUACACCCACAGAAUUUAAGAAGUUCCUCAUGUCUUUUAAUUUUAAUGAUUUACGAGUGCUGAAUGGAGGAAGUAAGAAUGGUGGAAAAGGUCACAGAAUGAGGGAGAGAGGGUGAGAAUUGUUGUUUACAUGCAGUAUGUUGAAAUUAAAAGACAAUGAUAAAGUA